GCCGCUGCCAAAAAAGAUUGGGAAGCCGAAGCCGAAGCCGCCGCUCAGGAGUGGAGAAAGAAGGUUGAAGAGCUGGCCCAGCUGAACGCAGAAAUCGGCGCACGAUCGAAACUAGAAUCUGAGAGGAAGGCUCUAGACGAAGCCAGGUUGGCCGAGGAGAUCAAAAUUAGGGAAGAGGAAGCCAUGAAAAAGAGAUAUCUGGAAGAAGCCAUGGUAAUAGCCGAGAAAAAGCUGAAGAAAACGGAGAAGCCGCCCCUCAAGUUCAAGGACGCUGUGGGAAGGAAAUUCAGUUUCCCUUUCCACAUAUGCCAGACUUGGCAGGCAACUAACGAUGCUGCACAGGGCAUGGAAGAGCUCAUCAAGCAGGCCUUCCUACACGUUGAUGUCAUCGGUCCCCAUGUUCAGGAAGGCCACUACGACUUGAUUGGCCCCAACGGCGAGAUAAUACUGCCCAGCAUAUGGGAGAAAGUUAUCGAGCCGGACUGGGCCGUCACCAUGCACAUGUGGCCACUCGACAAGGUGCCACCGCCCGGCACGCUUUCACAUCCUGGACAGCGCCCAAAUAUGCAUGGGUCUCCCAGACCUCCCCACCUCCCUCUCGGAGUCCAAAACCAGCCUCGGCCCGGGGGGGCUCAACACGGCGGAAUGCCCCAGUUUCCCGCCCAACGGCCACAUGGUGGCAUGCCUCAGUUUACCGGCCACCAAUCACACGGCGUUAGAUUCCCCGUGGGAAUUGAGGCAAGGCCCGAGUCUAUCUACAGUACCACGAAACCUCGCUUCGCUUCGCUGAGACGGUGGAUCCCUAGCCGGCUGAAGAGGCUCGGGAGGAGGUCGGAAUCAGACGCCUCGAGUAUUAGUACAGUCUCGUCGUCGGGCUCGGACAGAUGA